AUGGAGGCUAUGGCCAAACUCGCAGCUAUUGGCGCGCAGAUGGGCGCGACCAUCAAGCUUGACCUCACAUCAGACGUAACCCACCUCAUCGUCGGCAGCACCGACAGCGCCAAAUACCGCUAUGUCGCCAAGUCUCGCGAGGACGUCAAAGUCCUUUCCCCGGAAUGGCUCGAAGCAUUGAGGGAGGUGUGGAUGACCGGCGAUGACGACCUGGACAUGGCCGCGCUGGAAAAGGAGUACCGCAUGCCGACCCUCGCUGGGCUGAAGAUAUGCCUCACGGGCUUCGACAAUCCCGAUCAACGAAAGACCAUUCAGGAAUCAGUGGACGCCAACGGAGCCGAGUACCACGGCGACCUCACCAAGUCAGUCACCCACCUCAUCGCAGCCGCGCCAUCGGGCAAGAAGUACGAACACGCCCUGAAUUGGAGGAUGAAGAUUGUGUCGCUGGAAUGGCUCGAACAAAGUCUGGAGAGGGGCAUGGUGCUGGACGAAGCCCUCUACAACCCCACCAUGCCUGUCGAAGAGCGCGGCCAAGGUGCUUGGGAUCGCAAACUGCCCGCGUCGCCCGCCAUAGGCAAACGCACGCGAGAUGCAGAGCCGAGCCAGGCCCUGAAUCCUUUUCGCAGGAAGCUACGUCGCUCAGCAAGCACCAAGGUUGGCAGCCAAAGUGAUGCCUUUUGGGCGGGCAUCACAGCGCCCAGUUUCGAACGACCGAUUGAUGAGGAUGAAUGGACAGAGGAAAUCACAAGCAUUUUGCGCCAACACCUCGAGAGCAACGGCGCGCACGUAAUCCAUGCGACCGAUCUCAACAAUGCGCCAUCCGACGAUCUAAGACGAGGCUACUUCGUAAUACCCCAUGACGUCGAGGUCGAUUCGGCGGCACUUCCGGGGCGUGCCGGAGAACACAUGAACCUGGCCACUAACUGGUGGGUCGAGCGCUGCCUGUAUGGCAAACGUCUAGUAGAUCCAUCGGACGAUGUGUUAAGUCGACCAUUCGAAAAGCUUAGUAUCAGUGGUGCCUCGUACGAUGAACAGCUAUCGGCGAAGACCUCGGUUGUGAUCUGCAACCCUCCUACCAUAAACACACCGAAACUCAAAUUCGCCACGGACAAACGGAUACCCGCUGUUCAUGCCACAUGGCUUUGGGAUUGUCUGCGUAGUGGUCGGCUACAGUCGUAUGCCGAGUAUCAAUUGAACAAGCCAGCGCCGCCUCAGCCACAGAAGCCUAAACAGAGGCCUCAACCACAGGAUGGUGUGCCCACUGCACUGUUGUCCACGGAAGAGAGCCUUGAGCUUCGUCAGAAAAAGCAACAGCCUACCAAUGCCGUGAAAACGUCUCUGCACCCACAGCAGCGUGGUACUCUUGCUCUCACUGCACCAGCAGAUGCAACGCCUGCAUCAACUACAGAUGAGGCGGAUACUUCCAACAAUGAUACUAACGGCCUAAAUUACGAUGACGAUGAGUCUGUCAUACCUGGAUUGGAUGGCGCAGGUUCCCACCCCCUCCAAGAAACCAGCGCCAACUCCCCGCGCCGCCCAUCAACGUCCCCGCAUGCCUCAAAAUCGUUCUCACGACCCAGGAGUUCAUCGGCCGAGUCUCUCAUAGCCCCGGCACCCCGCAAGUCCAAGGCUGGUCAGAUCCAAGAUCCGGUCGUUCCUGUUCCUGAACCCGACUCCGUGAUCCCGGCGGAUACCGAACCGGUACCACAGGAAGCACCAAAAGAAAAGGAAACAAUAAAGGCAAAAGGACCGGAAGAAGAAAAAGAUUACUCUUCAAUCUUAGCUCAGAUGCGCGCAAACCGCAAGACCGUGCCAACGUCCGUCGAUCAGGCACCUGGCAAGACGCGGAAGAGGCGGCAGCUUGGUCGCGCAACGUCCACGCGGUCGAACGCGUCAGCGGGUGAUAGCUCCGGGAACAUUCUGGCUGGAGAAGAGGAAGAAGAGGAGAACACGGUUCUGGUGGAGGAAUACCAGCCUAGCCAGGAGCUAGGUUGGGAUUCUCCUGGUGCUGCGAAAGCGAGGGAGCAGAUGAUCAAGAAGUUGGGUGGGACUAUGCAGGAGAAGAGCGUGGCAGUGGAAGGAAUUGGCGUCGUAAAAGACGUUGGAGGGAAUACUACGGGAAGGGCGGGUAGGAAGAGGCGAGGGUGA